AUGACCACCGGGCUUCUGCUGAGCCUGCUUGGCCCCAUGGCCUGCUGGGCCCUGGGCUCCGGUUCCGAGCUUCGCUCUGCCUUCUCCGUGGCCCGGACCAGCAGCCUGGAGGGAAGCACGGAGAUGGCGGUGACCUUCGACAAGGUCUACGUGAACAUCGGAGGCGACUUUGACCCCAGCACGGGCCUGUUCCGCUGCCGAGUCCCCGGGGCCUACUACUUCUCCUUCACCGUGGGCAAGUUCCCUCAGAAGAGCCUGUCGGUGAUGCUGGUGAGGAACCGGAACGAGGUGCAGGCCCUGGCCUUCGACGAGCAGCAGCGGCCCGAGCGCAAGGCGGCGAGCCAGAGCGCCAUGCUGCAGCUGGACUACGGGGACACGGUGUGGCUGCGCCUCCACGGAGACCCCCAGUACGCGCUGUACGGCUCGGCCGGGGGGCCCUGCACCACCUUCAGCGGCUACCUCAUCUACCCGGACACAUCUUCCUACUUCCACAGCCACCGGGGCCUCCCGGCGCAGAUGCCGGAGGCCGAGCCCGAUCCCCGCUCUGCCUUCUCCGCCGCCCGCUCCGAGAGCCUGGUGGGCAUCGACGAAGGCUCUGCUGUCCGUCACAGGCCGCUCACCUUCGACACGGAAUUCGUCAACAUCGGAGGGGACUUCGACGCGGCUUCUGGGAUCUUUCGCUGCCGCCUGCCCGGCGCCUACUACUUUUCCUUCACCAUCGGCAAGAUGCCCCACAAGAUGCUGUCGGUGAAGCUGAUGAAGAAUCGGGACGAGGUUCAAGCCAUGAUCUACGACGACAGCCCGUCGAGGCGGCGCGAGAUGCAGAGCCAGAGCGUCAUGCUGGCCCUGAAGCCCGGGGACAGCGUCUGGCUCCACAGCCACCAGCACGAGGGCUACGGGGCCUACAGCAACCACGGCAAGUACAUCACCUUCACCGGCUUCCUGGUCUACCCCGACGUCCCGCCCGGCCCCUGA